CGUGGCGAUGCGCGUUCGCCUGGAGCCGCGCCGAAUUUAAACCCCUCGUGCAAAGUAUCAACGUUAGUUUAAACAGUUGUUGUGCUUGUCAGCUAGCACAGCUACAAGCCGCUACCCGGUGGUUUCGGAAUUUGUUGCGUUGCCUUGUCAACUGUCAACCAGGUAUCGUGCUGCUAGCCGCACAGCUGGAUAACAUUCCACUUUAGUAUUUCUGUUUGUGCAAGUGUACAGUGCAGUUAUCAGUUAACUCACUGAUUACCCGAGAGAAACAUAUCUAGCAUUCGUUUUUACUGUACUAAUAAUAUCUCCAAAAUGCGUUCUUAUUUAUGCUCUGCUAAUGUUUUACUGCUACAUUUCAUGAACCCAGUGAAUUAGUUAGCUGUUAAUGGACUAGUUAUCAUAAGUGAGUCGUGUGAUGGAGCACUCAUUUCCAAACACUUGAAAGUGGUUCAGUAGUUAUCAUAGCUCGCCAACGUUACUUGAACUAAAGCUUAAACAGGAUGAUCAUAUAGCUAAAUGGCUGGCUAGUCACCAGUUAACCAUAAACAAAACAAAAAAAAACUAGGGUUUAUUGUUAUUAUUAACAGCUUCAUUCCUUUUUAAAAAAAUCACAGCAGUUAGCUGCUUGAUGAAAAGCAAAAUACAGCUUGUAUGUGAAAUUCUGUUUAAAAGGUUUUUAAAAAGUCUAUUUAAAUGUCCGUCUAUGGAUUAUACAUUAAACCCUUUGGUGUCAAUUGAGAAUUCAAUUCAGGCUUUAAAUAUGACGCACUGAAGAACUUGUCUUCCAGGAAUGUUCCUUUCCUUUCAAAGGGAAGAAAAGAAAAGGCUGAUGAAGGUCUAUGAGAUGGAAAAAAAUGUUUUUGCGAAUAUCACAGUGUGCAGUUAUUUUUAUUCAAAGGAAAGAAAAGACAAGUAGUGAGGUGUUUGGAUAUAACGCUUUCAUUGUCUAAAAAUCCAAAAUGUUUAAAUCUUUGAUUGAUAAUAAUUCUUCUACACGUUUUAAAAUGUCUAUAUUUUAUCUAUUUACAGCGACCAACUUAACCAAUGCUCCUAAACCUGCCUCAGUGAAAUAAAAAAUAAAAAUACUGCAGUUCGAAGCAAAUACUUAGCUAGUUGGGCUUUGUCCAUUUCUAGAAAUCAUAGAUAUCUCUCUUGGCGAUUGAGAUUGAAGGUGACGUACUGGAGGCUGUGUGUGCUGUACAGUAUAAGUGUUGCUCAGUUGCAAGUACUACAGCUGAGAUGAGAGUCCAGAUGCUGCUGAAGAGCGAGAGGAGGCUGUGCCUGUGUUGCUGCUGGUUAUUUGUGAGUGAAUGUGCUGUAAUGUGAUGUAAAAGGCUGGUCGAUGGACAGACAGCCAGAAGCUCCAGGACACCGGCCAGGAAGCAGCUCAAUGCUUGUCUGUCUGUUCUGAAAUAUGGUUUAUUUACAGAAGCGCAUUAACACCGCUUUUCCACUGGGUUUGCUGUGUGAGUUUCAGGGCUGACCAGUUGGCUGGGCAGUGGAGCAUACCAUUGGGCAGCAGGGCAGGGUGAGAACUCUUGCAUUCGCCCUGUUGAAGGCCCAGUGCUGCUGUAGCUGAUUGGCUGUUUGAAGCUGAGUGCUGCUGUAGUUGAUUGGCUAUGAGGCUCUGUGCUGCUAUAGCUGAUUGGCUGUUUGAGGCUCAGUUCUGUUGUCACUGAUUGGCUGUUUAAGGCUCAGUCCUGUUGUUGCUGAUUGGCUGUUUGAAGCCCAGUGCUGCUGUAGCUGAUUGGCUGUUUGAGGCUCAGUGCUGCUGUAGCUGAUUGGCUGUUUGAGGCUCAGUGCUGCUGUAGCUGAUUGGCUGUUUGAGGCUCAGUGCUGCUGUAGCUGAAGGUCUCCUCAGUACACAAAGAGCCUCUGUUGGAGCCGGCUUGGCCUCGAGAGAGAAGGUCUGUGCAGAGAGUGGGGCGAUCGCUCGCUGCAGCGUUUGGCGCGGGCUGGCGUUGGCGCUGCUCCCCGUCACCAUGGCGCUGGAGGACCAGGCAUCAGUGCUGGAGGACUGGAGGGACGUCUGGCUCUUCCGCUUCUUCCUGAACGUGCUGGGCUACGCCACCAUCGUCGUCCCCGGAUACCUCCUCAUCAGAUACUUCAAACGGAUUGGCUACUUGGAGACAGGUCGUGGCCUGUGUUUCCCGGUGAUAAAGGCCUGUGUGUUUGGGAGCGAAUCCAAGUCGGGGCCGCUGGACGAUCCUUCGGCUCCGCCCAGAAGCGAAGCAGAGUCCUCCUCGUCUACCAGACAAGCUCUGAAGCUCCUGUUUUGCGCUGUGGGGCUGCAGACCUCGUACCUGACGUGGGGCGUCCUGCAGGAGCGGGUGAUGACGCGCUCGUACGGGGCGGUUGAGGGCGGGGCCGGCGAGCGCUUCACGGACUCGCAGUUCCUGGUGUUCAUGAACCGCAUCCUGGCGCUGACGGUGGCGGGCCUGUGCUGCGCCCUGUUCAAGCAGCCGCGCCACGCCGCGCCCAUGUACAAGUACUCCUUCGCCUCGCUCUCCAACAUCCUGAGCAGCUGGUGCCAGUACGAGGCGCUCAAGUACAUCAGCUUCCCCACGCAGGUGCUGGCCAAGGCCUCCAAGGUCAUCCCCGUCAUGCUGAUGGGCAAGAUGGUGUCGCGCAAGAGCUACGAGUACUGGGAGUACUUCACCGCGGCGCUGAUCUCCGUGGGCGUCAGCCUGUUCCUGCUCUCCAGCGCCGGGCACAAGCACCCGUCCACCGUCACCACCUUCUCCGGCGUGGUCAUCCUGGGCGGCUACAUCGUCUUCGACAGCUUCACCUCCAACUGGCAGGACAGCCUGUUCCGCUACAAGAUGUCGUCGGUGCAGAUGAUGUUCGGGGUGAACCUGUUCUCCUGCCUGUUCACCGUGGGCUCCCUGCUGGAGCAGGGGGCGCUCUUCCAGUCGCUGGCCUUCAUGGCGCGGCACGCCGAGUUCGCCUUCCACGCCGUGCUGCUGUCCGUCUGCUCCGCCUGCGGCCAGCUCUUCAUCUUCUACACCAUCGGCCAGUUCGGCGCCGCCGUCUUCACCAUCAUCAUGACGCUGCGGCAGGCCAUGGCCAUCCUGCUGUCCUGCUUCCUGUACGGCCACGCCGUCAGCGUGGCGGGCGGGCUGGGCAUCGGCGUGGUCUUCCUCGCCCUCUUCCUCCGCGUGUACGCCCGCAGCCGCAUGAAGAAGAGCAAGAAGCCCGCCGGCCAGACGCCCGUGCAGAAGGUGUGAGGGGCGGGGCCGGGCGGGGCUGGGGCGGGGCAGGGGCGGGGCAGAGGCGGGGCAGGGGCAGAGCGGACACACACCUGGACAUCAAAGAGACCACAUUUUUUCUGUGGUGUCCGUUUUUGUGUUUUUUUCGUUUAUUUUUGUUGCGUUUCUUUUAAAAUGUUGUUUUCUCUCUCUCUUUUUUUAAAAUAAGUUUCUAAAGUGCUGAAAGGGAAAUGCCUGUUAAAAGGGGUUUUUUUUGUGGCCUCGAUCACUAACCCGGCCCUAACCGAGGCAUUUGAUUGGAAGAUCACCGUCGUGAGGAAGACGCAGAUAAUGAUCACCGGCGUGAGGAAGACUCAGAUAAUGAUCACCGUUGUGAGGAAGAUGCAGAUAAUGAUCACCGGCGUGAGGAAGACUCAGAUAAUGAUCACCGUCUUGAGGAAGACGCAGAUAAUGAUCACCGGCGUGAGGAAGACUCAGAUAAUUAUCACCGUCGUGAGGAAGACUCAGAUAAUGAUCACCGUCUUGAGGAAGACGCAGAUAAUGAUCACCGGCGUGAGGAAGACUCAGAUAAUGAUCACCGUUGUGAGGAAGAUGCAGAUAAUGAUCACCGGCGUGAGGAAGACUCAGAUAAUGAUCACCGUCUUGAGGAAGACUCAGAUACCAUUAGCGGGAUCGAUGUUCAGAGAGCCAGUCGGUACCCUGUCAUGGUCGUUUUCGUGUUUGUGAGUGUUGAGUAAAUUAGUUUGCUGGUAGGUAAUGCAGAAUCCUUCUUCCUAUGGUGGGGAAGCUGCUUCUGAUUGGUUCAGCUUUGUGAUGCAGUGUGUGGCCUUCAGGCUAAUGGAGGAGUGUUUCAGUGUUCACUGAAGCUCACUUCACACUAAUGUGCAGCCGCGUCUCCCCAAAAAGCAAGGCCCCCGCAAGCUUAGGGGUCCUCCUCACUGUAAAAGUAGGGGUACCCCUGUCACAGUGAGACUGGUGGUACCCCUUAACGGUGGGUUUAGGGCCCCCCCUCCCUGUGAGAUUAGGAGGGUGGGGGCCACAGUGGUACACUAAUCUAAAUAUUUCUUCAGCUUGAUUUUAAAGGCAGAAGGCAAUUAAGCCCAGUUUUGAUUGGACAUGUGCUCUGCUCUUGGGGUUGUGUAGUUGGGGAAACAUUGCCUGCUAUUAGUGUGUUCAUCUCUGUAUGUACAUUAAGACCUGUGUGAGUGUGUGAGUGUGUGAGUGUGUGAGUGUGUGAGUGUGUGUGUGU